AUGAUUCCAACUGGGUUUAGAUUCAAUCCCACCGAUGAAGAGCUCAUUGAUAUACUGAAAAGAAAAGUAUGUGGACAAGAGAUGCCUCUCCAUGAUCGUUUUAUUGUUAAAAGAAACAUAUAUGAGCUUGAUCCUCAAGACUUUCAUUGGGAUCACACCGUUGUCUUACCCAGUAAUGAGAGAUAUUGUUACUAUAUGAGGGAGACUGAUUCCAGAGAAGUACCAGAACGAGGAUGGUGGAGAGCUACAGGUCACGUUAAGAAAAUCAAUGCCAACGACAAAAAUGUGGUGGGUUACAAGAGACCCCUAACAUUUAUUAGGUUUAGAGAUAGUGAAAGAAAGCGUAAAAAUGCCUUCAAGACCAAUUGGAUUAUGCAUGAAUACAGUCUCAACUCAAACACAACGGAAUGGAGGCUUUGUAAGAUCAAGUACAAGGGCAAGGCAAGUGUAAAAGAAGAGAUGGAGAAUAUUAGAAAAGGUUACUUUAAAUUAACGAAUAGUUUUGAAUCGAGCAGCCCUUCAAUAAUGGUGAUGGAGCCUGAUUUUGUUGACGAAGAACAACAACAACGACAACAACGACAGCUCUUAAACCUAGAAAAUAAUUUGCAGGAAACAUAUGAUUCAAUGGGCAUGGAGCUUCAUUUUUUUAGUGAAGCACAGGAGAAAAUAUUACAAGUGCCAGAGGCUUUACAACUUGAUGAUGAAGUGAUGAAUAUGCAAAUUCUGGAUCACCAACAACAAGAUCAACAGCAAUCAAAUGCUUCAUAUGAUCCAAUUUUAACUCACAUUUCGAAUUCAGAUUAUUAUUUUGAUGAUCAAAUGGAGCAGCCGGAUUCAUCAGAGGAAUUAUUUCCCAGCCUUUGGUCUUGGUAA